UACUAAUAAACCUAGCAAUAGGUCCAUUCGUUCAUUUACAACUCAAUCGUACCUCGACAGUUCGCAGCAUCGGUCUUAAAAAAACACACAUUGAAGGAACUGAAAACUUGUUGAUGUUGAGUUGGCAUUUUGGCUUUGAAGCUGGGGUCGUUUGUCGAACAUCUCGCAGUGGCCAGAUGAAUACACGGUGAAACACGGUGUCUGUGACUGAGGGGGUGUACAGUCAAGGAGCAAUGACAAUGCGCAGAAUAAAUGUGGCCAUCCUCGUCCUGCUACUUGUUGCCUUUCUAAUCGUAUUGCAACGAAAUCUCUUAAACCUCAAUGACUUCCUGAGGCAUGAAGGUCCAGAGACAGCACCUGGUGCACUACUACCCUUUGAGCCAGAUUUUGCUGCUAAGCACAAAGCUGAUGUGACCAGGACAGGGCUUGAAAUCCCAGUGGUCAUCACGGCAGCUGAGGAGAGGUUGGGGGCUGCCGUGGCUGCUAUGAAUAGUGUGUACCGCAACAGCAAGUCCAAUAUCGUAUUCAACAUUGUGACCCUCAACGACUCUGUGGACCAUUUGAGAGCAUGGAUGAGUAAAGCUGACCUCAAAGGCGUCAAGCAUAAAAUCAUCACCUUUGAACCAAAGAUUCUGGAGGGGAAGAUUUCAAAUGAUCCCAAGAAAAGGGAUGAGGUUAAACCGCUAACCUUUGCCAGAUACUACAUGCCCAUGUUUUUGCCCAGUGUGGAGAAGGCAAUCUAUUUGGAUGAUGACGUCAUUGUACAAGGUGACAUCCAGGAGCUCUUUGACACUAAUCUGAAAGCAGGACAUGCAGCUGCUUUCUCUGAUGACUGUGACUCUGCCUCAUCGAAGGGGAUCGUCCGAGGAGCGGGUAAUCAGAAUAACUACAUAGGCUUUCUGGACUUCAAGAAGGAGGCCAUCAAGAAGCUUGGCAUGAGGGCAGCCACGUGUUCAUUCAACCCUGGAGUUAUUGUGGCUAACUUAACAGAGUGGAAGACCCAAAACAUCACUACCCAGCUUGAGCAGUGGAUGGAGCGCAAUGUGAAGGAUGACCUGUACAGUAAAACUUUGGCAGAGAGCGUAACGACCCCUCCUCUUCUUAUUGUCUUCUACAAGCGCUAUUCAAGCAUAGACCCAUUGUGGCAUGUCCGGCAUCUUGGUUCAACAGGAGCUGCAAAUCGCUACUCUGUCCAGUUUUUGAACGCAGCCAAACUCCUCCACUGGAAUGGACAUUAUAAACCAUGGGGGAGACUGUCUUCAUUUUCUGAUGUUUGGGACAAGUGGUACAUUCCUGACCCAUUGGAUAAAUUCCACCCCAUUCGGAGACAUUCUGAAGACAAAUGAACUUAAUAGGCAGAACAAUGCGGCACAGUUUUUGCUAGCAGUGUCCAUUUGCUUGGUAGUCCGAUCUCUCAGGCGUGGGGGAUUUGGUUUGACACAUUCCAGCUUGGGACACUGUGUGUUACCCAAUGUCCCUUAGCUGAAAACCUUGGUUCAAAUUUUCCAGCUGUUUGAAACUGUGUGCGCCUUUACCAUUACUCGUGGAAACCCACUACAAGGUCCUACAGGGGCUGUUACACUAAAAUAAUGUGCAUAGAUAUAUAGAUGUUACAAGUUGUGUGGAGAUCACGAAAUUACUACACUGAUAAAAAAUGAUGGAAUGCUGAAAGUGAUGCUUGUAUUCUUAGCUGGAUCUAUUCCAGUCUGAACCCUUUCUUGUGUUGCUUGCUUUCUAUGGUGUUGACAAAGCUGGCGGUUUUAAUGCAGUAUUUGUUUGUUACAAUAACAGUGCCAAUAUGAAAUUGAACCACUCUCUGUAAGGUUUGCAAGCUGUUCCUCAGGUUCAUAUGCAGUUGAUGUAUAUUUUAACAAAGCAUGUUUACUGGCAAAACCAGUGGGUUUUUCAAAUACUGACAUAAAAAGAACAAAAGGUGGAAGCAAUAAAGCAAAAGUAUUUCUUAA